AUGAAGAGCGACCCUAAAGCCGUCAAAGAUAGUUUCUUUCCUCGCCAGGAAACAAGAGUCAUUGUUCCUGCCAAAGUAGACUCCAUACGAACCACGAACUUGUACUUGCGGCCCCUCGAAAUCGGAGAUGCUGCCGCACUCUUUGAAUACCGAUCUCGACAGGAUGUGGCAGAUUGGCUACAGAAGCCAAUAUUCGAGACAAAAUCUUCAAAACCCCCCGAUGCAUCUGGUGCCAUAGGACGACAAUUUGUAUUCGCCGUGAUCUCAGCCACUGAUCCAAUGCAAAAGGUUAUCGGCGCCGUUGGGAUUAACGGCCUUGCACCAUCUCCAUCACUUGGAUACGGCAUCCAUCCUGAUUACUGGGGGAAAGGAUAUGCGAGCGAGGCGGUGGCUGCCGUAGUUGAUGCGUGGUGGAAACUUCCCAGAAAAGAAGCAGAGCCUAGGAUGGAAUUGAAUGGGGGAACGGAGAAGUUGUUUGCUGCAGCGAAUAAAGCUAAUGUUGGCAGUGUCAAGGUGCUGCAGAAGAAUGAAUUUGAGAUCAUUAGCGAGGCUCCAUUGGAUGGAGAUACAGUUGCUACAUUUGUACUAGAGAGACCUGGCAGAUAG